AUGUAUAGAACUCACGCAGCCUCUAUGCCUGUUCAAGGUCAAGAUCACACUUAUUGUAGAAGGAAAGCUAAUAUGAAUCUUGAACAAGAGAAGAAGAUAACAACAGCUGUUGAAAUUGAUCUAAAGUCUGAUAGGGACAGUGUUACAAGCCUUGAGUUUCAACUCAAUGGUGCCUUUGUUGAGAAUGAGAAACAUAAAAAAAGAAUCACAGAAUUAGUAGCUACAUGUAAAAAUAUUGAAGCUUCAUAUAAGCUAACUCUUCACAGCUGUAAACGUAUUAAUAACAUCAUCACCUUAGUGCAGUUAUGGGCAAACUUGAGACUUCUCGGACAGGAAAAGAAUAUAAGAACAGAUGUUGAAAAUGAACUAAAGUCUGCUACGGACAUGGUUCAGAGGCUUGAGAAACAUGUCAAUGAUGAUUCUGUUAAGUGUCAGGAACAUCAAAAAAGAAUAGCAGAAUUAGAUGCUGCAAAUAAAAAACUUGAAGCUGCAUAUAAAAAUCUUGAUAAACAGAAAUAUCAUAUGGAACAACAGGCAAACAAGAAUUUGGAACACAUGCAAAGAAUUCUUCUAGAAGAGAAAAUGAAAGCUGAUGACCAGUACAAAAAACUCUUAGCAGAACGAGAUAAUUUGCGAGACAGGUUUAGUAAGCUGGCUGGUAAGAAGUUACAAGAGCAGAAUGCUGAUAUAGCUGACUUUCUUGAUCCUUACAGAGCAAUGAAGGUGUCGGAGAAGUUUGGCCAGUUAUACGAUGAUGAUUGGACUAAUGCCUUUGAAAGUUUGACUGAUAAGAAGCUAGGCGUACCAUUAAGAGAUGCCAUAAAUGUUCUACUACGCCUUCUUCAAGAAUGUUGGGCGUUUUGCAAUAAACUGGUGGAAGCACAAAUGGAAAGUUUACAAAAUGUAUUUCUACAUCCUGCUCAGAACUUGGCUAAUUUUGACCAAAAGAAAACUGGACUGACUGACAGACCCAGAAUUACAUCAAAGGACCAGCCAUCACUAAACGAUCUACGUAAACGGGUUGGAGUAUCACCACCUGUCAUAGAGGAGGUUAAACAGGCAUUUCUUGCAGACUCUAAAACGUGGGAUAAAAGGGAGGAAAAGAAAUUUGAUAAGAAGCAUAUAGAAGCAUGUACACCUUAUAUACAGAAAUGUGCCGAGGUUUGCUGGCUUAUGGCUCUGCAUGACCCUCCUUUGUUGAUGAAAAUGGAUGUCAAACAAGGCGAGAAGUUUGAUACAAAUAUCUAUACAGUGUACAGUCAGUCUGGACAAACAAUUGAUUUUUUGGUAUGGCCACCACUUUAUAAUGGUAGAGAUGGUGGACUUCUGUCUAAAGGUGUAGCCGAACCAAUAAGAGUUGUAAGCAAGAAGAAAUGAAUAACUUUUGAUAUGCAUUUAGCUUAUGUAGUUUAAGUAUGUUCUGAAUGAUAAGGGAUAGAGUAUUUCUAAUGAUAUCCUAAUAUAAUUUGUUUUCUUUGCAAUUUUGCAGAAUUUUCAUAAAUUUUGGUUGCACAUUUUGUUUAAUAUCAGGACCAUAAUACAAGUCAUUAUACCCCCCACCACAUAUUUUGGAAUCAUUUUAUCAUGCAAGUUGGUCGGUCCGUUAGUCCAUGGGUCCAUUGUUACCACAUUAUAAAUCUUUUACCUUUUUAAACUUGGCUCAAGUUCACACGUCAUGUUGAGCAAUUUCCAGAACCCAUGUGACAGCUGUGUUGGUGUAACCCCUAAACAUCAUCGGUAAAAAAGUCGGACAUUUUAAUGUCUGCUCUAUAAAUUAUAUACCCUUGAAGGAUUUUCUUUAAACUUAGCUCAGCUGUUACCUCAAUGAGGAAUUGGGCAGAAUCUAUGCUGCCAUUGCACAAGCUCAAGGUCACCAUUGAAGGUCAAAGGUCAGACAAUUUGUGUCCACUUUAUAAACCAGUUGAAGGAUUUUCUUCAAUUUUUUCUCAAAUGUUAUCCUCCACUAGGCAAUGUGCAGAACAUAUGACACUGCUGUGUAUACCCAAGGUCAUAUUUACCAUUGAAGGUCAAAAGUUUUACAUUUUGUGUCUGCACUAUAGAUUAUUUACCUUUUAAAUAUUUUUUUCAAGUCUCAGCUGAAAUGUUUUCUUUCAAUAAUAUUAAUGAAUUCAAUGCAUAAUAUCCUCUACAUAGAAGAUAGGUGGGGGUAUUUUUCAGUCCUGUGACAGCUCUAGUACAUGUAUGUAGAUGUCACAUAAAUUGUAUAUUGCUGUAUAUAAUAAAAUAUAUAUUAAACAUUUGUAAUGAUGUUAAAUAAACAUUGUUCUUUAUGAUUUUCAUAUUACAAUGUUCAAGAUAGAAUUCAGAUGCCUCCGGAUUCAUGCUAAUUUAAAAUGUAUGUAAAUGUAUCAUGUUGUGAACAAAGAAAAAUAAUUUACAUAUUGCACAUAACACUUACAAUCUACUUAUAAUAAAUUAACAGAGAUCAAAAUUUAAAAAAUAGCCCUUUCUGUGUUAGUAAUGGUGACAAAUUUCAAAAUCAGUCACUAAUCUCACACAACAUGUAGAUAUAUUUUUUAAUCUUUUUUACUUUUCCUUAAGUCUUAGUACACUUCUUUUUCUUAAGAUUGAUUUUCUUGAAAUAUUUUGGCUCAUCUGGAGGUGUGCAGCUUUAAAACACUUGUAUUGACUUUGUAUCAAAGUAAGACAAGACACUGACAGUAUCUUUACAAAGAGAAAUUGCUUCACAGUAGGUUUUAUGUGUGUAUUAUUAUGAUUAGUGAUUUACUGUAUUGCAAGGUUUGUAGAUUUUUGUCAUGGUUUGCCCCAUUAACCAUUACAUGUCCACAUUUUCUUUACAACAAAAUCGUUUUUU